AUGUCGACGAGGUGCGGCGACGGGCAGGCCGCCCUGCAGUCGUGCAUCUGCCGCAACACCAGCGAGUUCAACCACGUCGCCUCGCGCAUCAACUCGGACAUAUCCUCGGGCUGCGGCACGGCCGCGGGAACGAGCGACGCAUGGAGCGCGUCCCGAAUCAUGGACAAGUACUGCCAUCCCGAGAGCGCCGUCGCGUUUGCCACGCCCACCGCGAACAAGGUCUACGCCUCCAUUACCGAGAUCCCGCAGAUAUCCUACCUGCCGUCGUGCGCGCAGUCGGGACUCUCUUACGCCGUCAUAGGCGAGUUCUUGUCCAAGUGCCCCCGGGAUGCGAGCCUGUACGCGCCCUGCGUCUGCAACACGGACAGGGCCAAGCUGGUCAGCGAGACCAUGAGCAGAUCGGUGCGGUCGUCUUGCUCAAACGACGAGGACGUGACGGCGGCCCAGGGCUUCUUCAACGACUACUGUGCCAUGAACAGCGGUACGACUUCGUUUGCUGGCCCGCCGCGCCCGCCUGGUGACAUGACAUACUACGUGACUGCGUUGCCGCAGUUCAAGUCUCUCCGCUCCUGUGCCCAGAGCGCCAUGUCCUAUGUGGUGCAGGGCCAAACGGACUGGCUGUGCGGCUCGGGGCCACAAGCCCUCGCCUCGUGCGUAUGCAUCAAGUCGGGCAUGCGCGGCAAGAUAUCGAGCACGUUGACGUCUAGUGUCAAGGGGUAUUGCUCGAGCACGGCGAUUGACGAUGUCACGUCGGCUGUCAACGUAUUGGACUAUUACUGCAGCGCAGCCGAAAGCAAGGUUGUCGCCACCGUGUCCGAGUCCAUCUCUGAGUCGGCGGCAGCCAGCGUUCCAUCGCGGACACAGGCCGGCUCCUCUGUCCCUUUGGAAACCGGCGGCGCUGGAGGAGGAGGAGGAGCAAGCAACGGAGACAAAAGCAGCUCGGGCAAUGACGGGAACAAGGUGAACAAGGUGGCCGUGAUUGCAGCCUCGGUCCUCGGCGCAGUCGUCGUCAUUGUGCUCGUCGCUGGUCUGGUAUGGUUCUUUAAACGCCGUAGCCAACGCAAACAGCGAGGACAACAGCUCCCUGGCGGCGACACAGAUGCCCGCCCGGGAGAAUUCGACCCGUCCAAGUAUCUGAAUCAUGGUGUUGCCGAGUUGUCCACGCCAUCACACACUCCGCGCCCGGAACUGCAAGGGAAUGCCGCGCCUCUCCCGUCAGAACUGCCUCCAAGUCCACAGCACUGGCCGAAAUCCGAGCUGCAGGGCGAUGCCGUGUACAGACCGGAUCUGAGACCAGCCCAGCCUCCUCAAGAGCUAUUGGCCCCAGCAUCUGGGUACCAGGCUGCCCCUCCAAUCUACAGCUCGCCGACGAAUGCAUCGCCCCAUCAGGGAAUUCAUGCUGCUUACGGGUAUGGGGGGCCGCAGCAGACGGAAUCGUAUGAGCUGGGUACCCGUGUGCCGCGGUCGUAG